AUGAUACGAUAUUUUCAAUAUAUUUCAAACAAAUCAAUUUUAAUAAAACAUUAAUUUUCUUAUUUUAUUUGUGAAUUACUAUUUGUUUGAUGAGUUUUGCGUACAUUUUGUGGUCAAUGGUGAGUCUGUUGGCUGUUGUUAGUGGGCAACAGUCGGCCCCUAAACUGCCAAAAGCGACGGAUUUGUUGUUUGGACAGUUGGGUCACACGAGUCAGUAUCCGAUAAUCGCCAGUUGUUUCGCGCAAAUACACGAAAACAUGACUCAUUGUAACCUGAAAGCUGAACAAAGGACCAUGGUGAUGGAAAAGGGCAAUAAUUUGGACGCCGAUAACGAGUGGACCCGUAGUGUCAAGUGUUGCGACAUAUGGCGACUGAGGGACUGUUAUGUAUCAUUGGCCAGAGACACGUGUGAUGCACGACAGGUGGACCUAAUUCAUGAAUUGCCAUAUACUUUACUAAAGGACCUGGAUGUCCUAUGUAAGGACUACACACCUGAGUCGUGCCACAGGGCCGACAUGGGGAGUUGUAUUUGUUUGAAAAAAAACUAG